UUCGUAUCAUUUUGCUAUCAAAAAUUACAUGAAGAGGGAGGAGGAGGAGGAAGAAAAGAUGGAGAAGAAGAUGGCGAAGGGAGAUGAAAGUAGGAAGAAAAGAGGGAGUUUAUUUUCAUCCAUAUCAACAAUAUUCAAGCAUGCAGACACUACAGACCGUUGGUUGAUGGGAUUUGGGCUCAUCGGUGCUGUUGGGGAUGGCCUUUCAGGGCCGGUGAUGCUUUACAUCACAAGCGAGCUCAUGAACAACUUGGAUAAUGGCAUCUCUUCUUCUUCGUACUCAAUUUUUAAUCAUGAGAUGGCUGAGAACUCGUUGCACUUGUUUCUCCUGGCAUGUGGAUCAUUUUUUGCAGCUUUUUUAGAGGGGUAUUGUUGGACUCGAACUGGGGAGAGACAAGCAUCGACUAUAAGAGUCAAGUACCUUCAAGCAGUACUUAGACAAGAUGUCGAGCAUUUUGAUCUCCAAGGAGCCUCCACAAGUGAGGUCAUCAAUAACAUCUCUAAUGACAGUCUUGUCAUCCAAGAUGUUAUUAGCGAAAAGGUGCCUAACUUCAUAAUGAAUUUAUCCAUGUUCUUGGGAAACUAUGGAACUGGUUUCUUCCUUAUGUGGAGGCUUGCAUUAGUAGCACUUCCCACAGUGUUGCUCCUCAUCAUUCCUGGUAUAAUGUGUGGGAGGAUUCUCGUGAACAUUGCAAAGGAGAUGAGAGAGGAAUAUAGUAAGGCUACAUGUGUUGUUGAGCAAGCUAUAUCAUCUGUGAGGACUGUUUACUCUUUUGUUGGUGAGCGGAAAACUAUGGAAGAUUUUUCUGCAGCACUUGAUGGAUCCGUUAAGCUUGGCCUUCGUCAAGGACUUAUCAAGGGCUUAGCCAUUGGUAGCAAUGGUGUCACCUUCGCCAUUUGGUCUUUCUUUUCUUGGUAUGGAAGCAAACUUGUCAUGCAUCAUGGUGGUCAUGGAGGUACUGUCUUUGCUGUUGGAGCAGGAAUAAUCUUCGGUGGCAUGGCACUAGGUACUAGCCUAUCUUGCUUGAAAUCCUUUUCGGAGGCUAUUUCUGCAGGAGAAAGGAUAAUGGAAAUUGUGAAUAGAGUACCAAAAAUUGACAUUGACUCAAAAGAAGGUGAGAUAUUAGAGAAUGUACAUGGUGAGGUGGAGUUCAAAAGGGUUGACUUUGCCUACCCAUCCCGGCUGGAGAACUUGAUAUUGUAUGAGUUUAGCUUGAAUGUGCCAGCCGGGAUGACCGUGGCGCUUGUUGGUGGUAGUGGCUCUGGGAAGUCUACAGUGAUUGCAUUGUUGGAAAGGUUUUAUGAUCCAUUGCAUGGUGAGGUUCUUUUGGAUGGGGUGAACAUCAAGAAGUUGAAACUCAAGUGGCUGAGGUCUCAAAUGGGUUUAGUGAGUCAAGAACCAGCUCUGUUUGCAACUUCAAUAAAAGAAAACAUAUUGUUUGGCAAAGAGAAUGCAUCAAUGGAUGAAGUUGUGGCUGCUGCCAAGGCUUCUAAUGCUCAUAACUUCAUCUCUCAAUUGCCUCAAGGUUAUGACACUCAGGUAGGAGAAAGAGGAGUUCAAAUGUCCGGAGGCCAAAAGCAACGGAUAGCAAUUGCAAGAGCAUUGAUCAAGUCCCCUAAGAUCCUCCUCCUUGACGAAGCCACAAGUGCACUAGACUCUGAAUCAGAAAGGAUUGUCCAAGAAGCACUAGACAAGGCCUCACUUGGUCGAACAACCAUAAUCAUCACUCAUCGUCUCUCCACUAUCCGCAAUGCAAAUCUCAUAGCCGUCAUCGAAGCAGGGAAAGUUAUUGAGACCGGCAAUAAUGACGAGCUAAUUGAAAACAAGAAUGGUUUAUAUUCAAAAUUUAUCCAUCUUCAACAAUCAUCAAAAACAUCUGGAGUGGUGGAAGUCAAUCCUUCAACAUCAAUGCAUGCAAGCAUUAUAAGCAACAAACAUGAUAGUAAUACUCAGAGCAUAAGCAAGUUAAACUCUGAGGGUUUGAUGAGUAGUAAUGAGCUACAACAAGACCAAUCAGAGAAGUCACAGAUGAAGCCACCGGCACCGUCAUUCUAUCGGUUAUUAAUGAUAAACAUGCCGGAAUGGAAGCAGGCAAUAAUUGGCAUCCUAAGUGCUGCUUCCUUUGGUGCUGUUCAACCUAUCUAUGCUUAUGUUCUUGGAGCUGUGAUAUCAGUAUACUUUCUCAAAGAUCACAAGGAGAUGAGUGACAAAAUAAGGAUAUACUCAUUGAUAUUCCUCUCGUUGUCCUUUGUUACCUUGCUCCUCAAUGUUGUGCACCACUAUAAUUUUGGUGCGAUGGGUGAGUACCUCACAAAGAGAGUGAGGGAGACCAUGUUGUCCAAAAUGCUCACAUUUGAAGUUGGAUGGUUUGAUCAAGAUGAGAAUUCCACCGGUUCUAUUUGCUCUCGCCUCGCCAAAGAUGCUAAUGUGGUGAGAUCACUGGUUGGAGAUAGAAUGUCACUCUUGAUCCAAACUUUCUCUACCGUUACCAUUGCAUGCACAAUGGGGCUGGUCAUUGCAUGGAGAUUAGCAUUGGUUCUGAUAGCUGUGCAACCUCUCAUCAUCAUAUGUUUCUACGCACGUAAAAUGUUGCUCAAGAACAUGUCCGGCAAGGCCAUCAAGGCUCAGUCUGAAAGUAGCAAGAUCGCCGCUGAGGCCGUCUCUAACCUUCGCACCGUAACUGCCUUCUCUUCACAAGACCACAUUCUCCAUUUUUUCAAACUUGCUCAAGAAGGACCAAAGAGGGAGAGUGUGAGACAGUCAUGGUAUGCUGGUUUUGGUCUUGGUUUUUCUCAAAGUCUAAUGAUUUGUACUUGGUCACUCAGCUUUUGGUUUGGUGGAAAACUUAUCUCUAAUGGAUAUAUCACUGUCAAAGAAUUUCUGCAAACUUUCUUGAUUCUUGUUAGCACUGGUCGUAUAAUUGCUGAAGCUGGUACUAUGACAAGUGAUAUUGCUAAAGGUGGUGAUGCUGUUGGCUCAGUGUUUGAAGUGUUGGAUCGGUACUCACAUAUUGAACCUGAGAACCCAGAGGGCUACCGCCCAAAGAAACUCAUUGGAAAUGUCGACAUUUGUGGCGUUGAUUUUGCUUAUCCAGCCCGUCUUGACGUCGUCAUUUUCAAGAAUUUCUCAUUAAGCAUUGCAGUGGGAAAGUCGACUGCAUUAGUCGGGCAAAGUGGGUCAGGAAAAUCUACCAUAAUUGGACUCAUUGAAAGGUUCUAUGAUCCUUUAAAAGGGACAAUAAAUAUAGACGGUAAAGAUAUAAAAACAUAUCAUCUUCGGGCAUUGAGACAACAUAUUGCGCUUGUUGGACAAGAACCAACAUUGUUUGCUGGGACUAUCAAGGAGAACAUCAAGUAUGGGUGUGAGGAGGCUACAGAAGCAGAGGUUGAGGCCGCUGCAAGAGUUGCAAAUGCACAUGACUUCAUAAGUUGUCUCAGGGAUGGAUAUGGGACAUCAUGUGGUGAUAGAGGUGUGCAAUUGUCUGGUGGGCAAAAACAACGGAUUGCAAUUGCAAGAGCGAUACUAAAGAAUCCGGCUAUAUUACUACUCGAUGAGGCAACAAGUGCAUUAGAUAGUCAGUCCGAGAAAGUGGUGCAAGAGGCAUUGGAGAGAGUGACGGUAGGAAGGACAAGUGUGGUGGUGGCACAUAGACUAAGCACAAUACAAAAUUGUGAUCUUAUUGCUGUGCUUGAGAAAGGAAUGGUUGUAGAGAAAGGUAGUCAUGCUUCGCUUUUUGCCAAGGGUCCUUCUGGCUCUUACUUUUCUCUUGUUAGCCUCCAACAAGGUUCCAUGGACCAGUAAUGAAGGGGCACUGUCAUUAUGUUGCGCUUGUUUGGUUUCCAUGGAAGUUUUUGUGCUAUGUGCUUGCGUGAUUGGUUUCUUCUAUUUGUUCUAAUGGCUUUUGUGGACCCCGCCAACCUGGUCCCUACACCUUUCAUUUGUCUCCUAAAAGAAAAUUAAAACUUAGUUAAGUGCUAACCUUGUUUACCUUACCCCUUAAUCCUUUCUUCUUCUUCUUGUCACCAUGCUGGGAGUCUUUCUAGAGAGAAGAAUUCCCGGAGGAAUUCCCGGAAGCCAUCUUGUCAUGGCCCCCUCCUUGGCCGAAUGUUUUCACCCCCAUGGUCAUCUCCUUCUUUCAUUCCUCCAUCUCUCUUCUUUCUCUCCACUCUCCCACUUGUUUACUCCUUGAAGUUGAA